AUGACGCUUGAUAUACCCUCGGAUUCGGCCCCCAAACCCACACUCCCGUCCCAAAAUGGCUGCGAAGAACUAAAACUACCACCUUUGGGUAAGUGGAAAGUGCAGGCCCCCAAUGUUGCGGUGGACUCUACAACUACGGCGCCAGCCACUAGCCGACCUAAAAAAUUAGGUGACAUGCAAGCUUCGAUAAAGCGCUAUACCAAACUGAAACCCGAAGUGGCCUUUGACUUAAGAAAUAUUCAAACGCGCCAGCUGAGGCUCGGCGAAGAUAUCUCACCAGCGCGAACUCUUGAAACGGAAUCAGGACUGAAGUAUGUGCUUCAGGAAGGCUCCAUUCCAAAAUUUCAAAUAUCGAAAUCACAGCUUCCAGACCCGGUCGAUUUUUACGAACAAGUCGAAAGUGUUGGGUCCCACUACGGCGCAGUUAUAAUAGACAUUCUCGACGAUCCAAACACCGUUGCUUCUGAAGCGACCGGAUCUCUCGAAACAACAGCUUCAAAAUACCGAAGGCCGGGCUGCAUGUUUGCGCUUGAGCCCGAGAAUUUUCGUUUCAGGGCAAGGAAACAAUCUCUGCGACCUCAUACAAUUGAAAAAAGAAGGAAACUAGAUUUCCACUACAAGCUCUAUCAUUAUCAUUUAAAGCAUAGGAACGGCAAUAUAAACACUACGCCGCUUAAACUCCCGCACAUCGAUAGAAGGCCUCUAGAUUUGUACCGAUUGCACCAGUGCGUACAAUUACGCGGCGGCUUCCAGGCCGUUUGCACCAAAAAACUUUGGGAUCACAUUGCCAGAGAGCUGGGCUACCCAGGCACUCCGACGAACUCAGUUUUGAAUUCGCUCCGCGGCGCAUAUACAAAAAUUUUGGCAGAUUUCGACAAAGAAAACCCACACAGUAGCGUUGCUGGUAAUGCGCUAGAGACCGAAGUACCGGCAAAGGUGAAAUAUGUACUUCCGUCCUCUGAGCCAAACCCAGUUCCAGGCUGUAGGAAAAGAAACAGAUCAGGCGAUUCAAAAACGCACCUUAAUGACGUUAAGAGACUAAAGUCUCUCAAACCCAAAGUAUAUGACAUAUCAGGUUCUUCCGUAGAACCUAGGAGACUAAGAGACGUUUUGAGAUACAAAGGUUUUUCGACAAACUUCGAGGCGUUAACAGAUCAUAAAAAGCAUAUUACAAAACCUUCAACAUCCACGCUGCCCGGCUACGAUUUUUCACUGUGGCAGAGUACGUCUGAAAAUUAUGAUAAAUCAGCAUAUGAAUCGAAAGACUCUCCUUUUUACAACUUACAGCAUUACUACGAAAAAGCUCAAGCUCAUGCUAAGUUUGUCCUUGAUCAAUGCAAUCGCAGGUUACCUCAUGCGGCCGAUCUUUCGGAAAACAUGGACAUCAGCAAAUUCGAAAAGAUGUUUUUCCAAUCGUUGUCAGAUAUUGGAAUACCUUGCGAUAUUGAUAGUGCAAUUGACCUUCCAUCUCGUGUACACGGUAGUGGGUUUCCAACUCUAUCUAAUGGCGGGGACAUCCCCGAAGCGACACAACCCUGGAACCUUAACAAUGUUGCACUCUCGAAGAGAUCAGCGCUCUGUUACCUUGAUGCAGACUAUGGCGAUCAAGUGAAGACCCAUCUGGAUGUUGGAAUGUUGUUCUCUGUCAAAGGAUGGUCCACUGGAGAUAACUUUUUACCUGCUUUAGAUUAUCACCACCUAGGAUCUUCUAAGCUAUGGUAUAUCAUACCCUCCAGUGAGUUCGAGAAAUUUGAGAAGUUGAAGGCCGCAGCUAAGUCCCAAGUUUACUCACCCAUACCGCACAGUCAGGACGCAACGUCAGAUAGGUCGUUUAUUAAAUCAGAAUUUUUUCAAUACUUCCAAGAUACAACUCCAGAUCACAGUAUCGCAAUAGGUCCUUCGAGAAUCAAUACACAUUCAAUCUGUCAGAACAAACUUUCCGAGCAAAUCACGGUUGAUAGCGAGGAACCAGAUUUGUUAGUUGAUCCAGACUUCUUGAAAGAGCACAACAUCAGAUAUUACAGAGUAAUUCAGAACCCUAAUUCAUAUCUCUUAAGGUUUCCUAAGACGUAUUCUAUGAACCUGCAAUCAGGAUUUAGUAUUUCUGAGUGUACUUAUUUUGCACCUUCCUCCUGGUUGGAUGUGGCGUUAGAGAGUGAGAGAUGGCUUUCAAGGCACGGCAUACUGCCCGGUAUACAUUGUAUUCAAUUGCUGCAUGAUAUCACUUCAAAAUCCAAAGAUCAGGCAUUAGUUUCCAAGGCACACAGUAUACUAGGUAAAAGGAUCACGAAAGAAUUGAAAUCUCGAUACAGAUAUCAAGAAAUAAUGGGGCAUAGAGCGAUAUUCCAUAUCAAUACAUUCGAUUUUAUUUCAGACCUUUCGUUAGAACCAACAGGUAUUUCGAAGGUUGUAUUGAGCACCGAGAAUGAUUGUUUUACAAUGUCUUUGACAGAGUUUAUCUCGAACGUCUCUUGGAAAGAUCAGAGAUUGCACGUUCUUGGUUAUGACAUCCAGAGUCAUAAGGUUAAUGUGGCCCUACACCUGUUUUACUCAAAUGAAUUUUUAGAGUCUUUGGUUCAGGACGAUCGUUCUCUGUCGAUAGCCUGUUCUACUGAUGCCAAAGUCAAUGGCAUGGAUAGUUUUGUAGAUUCUGAUUCGUUCGACACACUGAUCAAGGGCCACAAGGGUCAACGGGUGUCCCUCGACAAGCUGGGGUUAUUCACCCGGGUUACAAUGCCAUUAUCAGAGGAAGUACGAGAGACCGUCGUCGUAGCAAAAGAAUUGAAAGUGAAAUGCGUUCGAAUGCUUGAAGGGGUUACUAAAGAUAAAGAAGAAGUAGAGAUCCCAGACUUUACUCAAGAGUUUGUUGGCCACGAACUACCAGCCCAUUGUUUUCAAUUUACAACAAACAACCUCUUCUAUUUACAGAAGGAACUCUGUCAUUUGCCGGUCGAAUUUCCAGAAAUGCAGCGGAUCUCUGAGCUCAGCCAAGCUGCGCGCAAAUUCCAGGUUAGUGCACGAAAAGCUUUAGAAAAGAAUGAGCUUCAACUGCUUCAAGAGACCUAUAUUAAGGGCCUGGAGUUAGGACUAUAUUCCAAGUACUUGGCGUCAAUAGCAAGGGAAAUUUGUGAAAAAUUGUGGCUAUCAGCAUAUGAAUAUGCUUUCGCCGGUGUUCAUGAAAAAGCUUACUCUAUACCCGAUUUAACUCUUUUUCUAAGAUUUGGGCUUAGACAUGUACGAGGAGAAGAACACAAAACUAAGUUCGACGAAGUUCAAAGAGUGGUAUUACUCUCUCAGAAGAUCCUUUCGGAGCUUAAGAGUUUGGUCAAGAAAAGGAAUAGUAAAAUCUCGGUAACAAAGCUUGAAGAAAUCGUCCAAUUGGGCGACCAACAUCACUCUUUGGUUGACCCACGGUUGAUGAAAUCGUUGAAAGCAAUGCUAGAGGCCUUUGAGAAGAGCAAAGAAACUAUAGCGUCUUCUCUGAGCAAGUUGCAAGUUAACGAUCCUUACUUGAGAUUGUUGCCCAGUCACGCCUCUGGAGAAACGCUAUAUGACUUGCAGCUAAUAAAUAAAUUCGAUGGUUCUGAGGGUGACCAUCGGCUUACCCUUGCCGAAGUCCCUAAUAAGUCAGUUUUUACCAAACAUGUCAAGAUUUGCAAAACCUGGCUACAGUCUCUAAACAAGCUUGUUCCUAAAAGACACCUAUGGGCUCGUAUUUUACCUGCUACAGAGCAAUGUUUUCAAAAAGAAAUCGACUCAUGGCCACCUUCAUCUAACACAAGUGGCGAAAACACUGCCUAUUGCUUUUGUCGCCGGGUAGAUCUGGGCGGCACCAUGGUUGCAUGCGAAAUAUGCGGAGAAUGGUACCACAUGGCAUGUGUAAACAAAGGAAAGUGGACACUUGGUGGAAAUGACAACAAUGUAUUUGUGUGCCCAAUCUGCUGUGACCACGAGCUUCCUGCAGCUAUUAGUGUUGAGUAUGGAGAACUCCAAAAACUAAUUCUUGAUUCGUGCAAGCUCAAAGUGAUCCCCGAUCGCCAGCUCUUCAACCAAAUAUUUGAGGCCUUUAAAAUUGCCACAGUCUUCAAAAGAUUACUGCGGCAAAAAUGCUUUCUCGAUGAUGGAAGUUUGAGUCCGGCCGUCUCUUUGACUCAAAUGAAGUUUUUCCUGCGAAAGAUCAUCGGUAGCGGAGUUAAGCUGGGAGAGGAACAGAAGGUCCUUCAAAAUGCAUGUCGAUCUUCGGACAUCCGCACGCUGGAAGGAUUUUCGGAACGGAAAAUCAAUGUUGUGACAGGCUUCGAAGAGAAUGAUUUGGCGCCAAAUUCUAAGACUGCCAGUGCCACACCUGAGAUAAAGAAAGAGGUCGAAGCAACGAGCGGAGGCACACCUAUCUGCGAGGAAGAACGCACAAGUGCUCGAGAAGCUUCAGCUACCAAGCCGCUUACGCCUCUCGAACUUUAA